AAUAAUCACCCGAUCUUAUCUCUGUGUUUUAUGGUGGCGCUAGCCUCCAAACUGGGUAAUCCCACCGUCCGAGGGGUUCGAGGGACGGUUUCUUGUGUGUACCCAGUGUCUCUAGGCGACCGCCGCUGACCGGCGGCUGACCAGAUGACCAACUUAUCUGGAAAACAGUCCAUUGGGACGUCGACUUCGAGACUAACGCGAAAGAACUUUUUGGGGGUGUUGAAAGUGCCGCAAAAAAUCGGGUGAUAUGAGGAAGACGAUUUUUGAAAGGUUCUAGUGGUAGGACGAGGAAAAAAUGUUGGUUUUAUUGGAAUGGUUGCAUGUCAAAGGCUUCUUCUGGCGCCUCUCAGAGUGUGCGAUGCGAUCGUUGCUGCUGGUUUGCUGCAGUCCACUCACCCUCCUGGUCGCCGCCGCCCCCAGAUUCGACCCCACUGCCCUACUGGCCAACGUGCUGGUGCCCGCGGAUUCGUCCGUGGGAUCCGUCAUUUACAGACUGAGAGCUUCAGACCCAACUUACGACUACCCCUUGACCUUCUCCAUAACAGGAGACUACACAGCCGUCUCAGUUGAGUCCCUAAACUGCACCCGUUUCAACUCAGUGUGCCAGGCCAACGUAGUGGUGCGCAAGAAGUUGGUACCCCUGAGAUACUACGACUUUUCUGUGAGGGUGGAGAGCGUGGGUGGUGCCAGUGCCAACAUAAACUGCUCGUUCAGGGCUACCAACGCCACUACACCAUGGGGAGAGAUAUUCCCUGGAGCCCCCACUCUUUUUAUGGUCUCGGAGAAAGCCAGGAGGAACACCGACUUAGGUUCAGUGAUAGCCAGAGGCAAUCCUGCCCUCCCUGAUCCUGUAUAUUUGGAGCUGUGGGGUUCUCCCCAAUUUGCACUCCACCAAAGGUUGAUCAACUUGAGGGACGCAGAGGGUACCGUAGUGCUUCUCAGCCAGCUCGAUUACGAGGUUAAGACCGUUCAUCACCUCACCGUACUAUCGAACAACCCUUACACAGACGUGAAAGACGACACCAGGAACAUAGCAGGAUGGCCUCUUCUGGUGGUGGUGUUGGACGAGCAAGACACGCCUCCAGUGUUCACUUUGGCCCCGCCGACCACUGUUUUGAACCCCUCUCUGACUCCUGGAGAUGUCAUCCUACAAGUGAAGGCUGAAGAUGGGGACAGAGGAAAGCCUAGAGAGAUAAGAUACGGCCUUGUACCAGAUGGAAGUCCUUUCUAUAACUUCUUCGAGAUGGACGAUCAAACUGGGGAGCUGCGUUUGGCGAAACCUUUGGGAGAAAUCAUAGCAGCCAGUCAUAUGAAUCAGCCCAUACUUCUGACUGUUGUAGCUGAAGAAGUUAGAGGCAAUGCCGAGGAACCACCAGCACAAUCGUCAACUGUGCGUUUAGCACUAAUACCACCAGGAGUAACAGCAGGAUCUCCAAUGUUCGGUUCUACUGAAUACAACGCUUUUCUGGACGAAAACUCAUCCUCUGGGACUGUCCUGAAACUCAACCAAGCCUCCAUACGUACCCAACCUGGUGACGUUGUGACUUUGGAAUUGGUCAACAACAAUGGUACCUUUGACGUUAGUCCAAGCGUCGUUGAAGGACAGGCAGAGUUCCAAAUAACCGUGCAUGAUCCUAAAUUGUUGGACUAUGAGGAGAGAAAAUCCGUAGUUUGUGAACUUGUCGCCAAGGAAAUUGGCACCGGAAACUUCACUGCCAAAGCCAAACUAACAGUCCUGCUGAACGACGUCAAUGACAAUGCCCCUGUAUUCCUGCAAGAAAAGUUUGUUGCUUCAAUACCCGAGAACGCAGAAGCAGGUACAACGGUGCUGACAGUUCAAGCAACGGACAUCGACUCAAGUCCAGGAAACAAAAUCCAAUACACCGCCCUAACUGGACCUGGUUCAGACCUCUUCACUUUAGAUCCAGAAACAGGCCUUAUCGUCUUAGCUGUUUCCAACUCCUUAGACGCUGAAACCACACCUAGCUACGAGCUAACUGUAGAGGCAACAGAUGAAGACGGAAAGGGAAAGAAAUCCUACGCCAAUAUCAACAUACAACUCAUAGACAUAAACGAUGAGAGUCCAAUUUUCGAAAGAGACAUCUACGAGUUCAUAGUGAACGUAGAUAGGACUGGGUUUACCACAGAAGCGUUCAUCAAAGCCUUGGACAAGGAUAUCACUGCCCCCAACAAUGAAGUUAGGUACGAAAUAGUCGACCCUGUUCAAGGUUUGGUGUUGAAUGAUGUCACAGGGGAGCUAGGGCUGACCAAAACCUGGAAACCAACUGAGAUGGUCACCUUGACUGCCAGAGCUUGGGACGGUGGUAUUCCAAGGUUGUCAACAAUAUGUGAAAUAAGAAUAUAUCCGCCAGAAACCAAUUCAAGAACCAUGACCUUCAUAGUUCCUGGAAGAGACCCAGAUGUCGAAGUCAUAGCAGACAUCCUAAGGACCAUAACUGGCGCUAAAGUCACCAUUAAUGAGGUGAGGUCCUACAAAGGCUUCGAACCUGACGCCACAGACAUCAGUAAGGACACAGAUACAGAAAGAAGUGUUGUGGUAACGACGGUAAAGUACUCCAAAGGUGGCGUCAUCGAUGUUAAAAAGAUCCAAGAGGUGUUAGACCAAGAGUACCGACAAAGACGUGGAAGAGUCGAGGUUAAGGAAGCCUCAAAUGGUAGUAUGUUAUGGCUGCUCUUUCUUCUCCUCUUCUUACUCAUCCUCUUGGCGCUCAUAUUGCUUUGUUGCUGUCUUUGGGACAAAUGCCCUUGCUACGCUUCUUUGAACAGACGGAGGAAGGUAAGAUCGGCAGAGGGUAUCAAGAUUAUAACCUCUAGUCCAGGACAAGGGCAUGAAAGUAAAUCCGUUCAAGUGGCUGAAUGGUUUGGGAGAAGAGAAGCUUGGACUCCUGAACCAGCCACUCUUGAAGUUGAGUCUCUCAAACGCCAUGAAAUAGAAAGAGGAUCCGAUAGAAGUAGAGUACAAUUCCAGAAGACACAACAACAGGCAAACGAAUACUACGUGAGAGAGGGAAAUGCAGACAUCCUCCGUUUAUACACCUCCAGAGAUAUUCCUCCACAGCAGCGCACUGUGGGAGAAAACACCUAUCUUCCAGAUAGUGGGAAGGACAUACUGAUGCGAAGAUUUAUGGAGCAACAACAACAGCACCAGAAGCUGGAAGUAUUAUUGCCUAAUGCGACUGUUGGUAAGCUACAAGCAGAGCAUGAAUCCUUGGAGGCCUCUUUGAGGCAGCAGAACGCUUUGCUUAGGCAGAUACUGCAAGAACGUGAGAGAGAUCUUAAGCUGGAGACGCAGUCUUUACCAGCCGGUACCCAGACCGACCAAGACGCAGGCACCCAAACAGACCCUCAUCUCUUCCGUCCUCCAAAAAGAGAAGUGCAAUCCAACGAGGAACAAAGCGAUGGAAGUGAUGAAGAUCUAGCUAGGGUCAAGGAGAAAGUUAAAAGAAGAAACGGUUAUAGAAGCAACAGAAUCAGGACGAAACGAAGGAUAAGAACACCGAUACAAGAGGAGUCCGAAGAUAUCUUGGACGAUGCUGAGUAUUACGAUGACGACUACUCUUCCAGAGCCUCAAGGGUGAGAGGAAGUAGAUCGGAGUUGAGACAGAAACGUGAGAGUAGAACUCAAUCGGGAAUCCGCAGAGACGUCUUGAAAGAAAUCACAGAUUCCUUACGCCACGAAAGGGAGAUGUACGAAAAAGAUAUUCGAGACAAAAUUGUAUCUGACAUCACGAGCAGUUUGAGUAGACACAACAAUGAAACUAGAAAAUCUGCUUCAGAUUAUAGACGAGAAAUAUUUGAGGAUAUUUCAAACGCUUUAGGGAGACAAGGUCGAGCAACAAGCGAAAGCCACUUGAUCAGGAAUGACCCUCAAGAAUACCUUAUCAGAGAAAUAGCCGACUCAAUUCUAGACCAGAAACGACAACGAAUGGAAACACAAGAAACCACAUCGACCACUUUUCCAGAAACUACGCAAGACAUAAUCCAGGAAUUGGUGGCUUCUUUCAAUCAACCCAGAAUGACCUCAUCCAAAAGACCAAGCAGAGCAACCAGUGAAACUAGAAUUACCAAAUCAGGUCUACGUCGAGAAAUAUUAGAAGAAAUAGCAGCUUCCAUGGCUCAAGGCAAAAAGAACUCGAGCGAAUUGAAAAAAGAAAGAUCUAGAAGUGAAUCUAGAUCGACCAGGUCUGGAUUGAAACGAGAAGUAUUGCAGGAAAUAGUGUCAUCUUUGACUGAUCCAAGCGUGUCGAAGACUGUUAAAGAUGAAGAUCAAACCACCAAGCAACAAUCAUCCAGUGCCACGAAGAAAGAAAGAAAAAGAAGCGAGUCCAGAUCAACCAGAUCCAAAUUGAAACGAGAUGUUUCGAUUGAAAUGAAUGGAUCUGGUGUUUCGAAGAUUGGAAAAGGCAAUGAUCAAGACACCAAGCAGAUUAUACAAAAGUUAUCCGAUGAUGUGAAGGAUAAGGUUUCUGAGGAAGAAUUGAAAAAGCAAAUCCUUCAAGGCUUAUCAGCAGCUGUAGAUCGAAAUGAGUUGACACCAAGUGAUGAGAACUACUCCGAUGAUAGCCUAGAUGAAGGAAGUCCUAAUUCGGGAUCUUUAACCAAAGGACAAUACCACUCUGAGUUAGAUUUGAGGUCUUCACUCGGCCAAUCCGACAAGAAACCUAGCAAGUCUAGAAGCCAAACUGAUUUAAGUCGGAUUGGUAAAAAGACUACAAAUACUUCGAAGAAACAAGAGGAGAAAGAAGUGAAAGACGAAGGAAAAAACACGAAAAAAGGUAAAAGACAAUCCAGGUAUAUGGAGUGGUAUAACAAGAACUCCAAAAAACCGGAGAACCCUAAGAAGAAGGUUGAGGAACCACGUCAAACUGAACCUGCAGUCGAGAAGACCUCGAAGGACUUGGAGAAAGAAAAAAUCGAGGUCAAAGUAUCACAGAGACUGUUGAAAGAGACGGAGUCUAGUGCUAGGAAGAAGCAAGGGAAGAAGAAACCACCGUUAGGACCUGAACAUCCGCUGCUCCAGCAUUCUGAGCAUCGGUUCGAAGCUCAGUAUCCUAGAAGAGCUGAGGAUGACGGUGAUUCUGGUAUUGCCAUGACUAGACCUGCUAUAGCUCAGAAGAAAAGUGUGUUCACCAUAGCUUACAAUGACAUGCAUACGAGUCAGAUCCAUGAUAAUCCUACGGCCACGCCACCGUGAUUUUGAGAAGAAGACUGAAUAUUGGUUUCGUGAAUUUGAGGGGUGUCAAGUGUAAUAUAUUAAAGUUAAGAUGAAUUCAUUGAUGCUAUUGUAAAUAAGUUAGGUUAGAUUAGGUUUGCUAUUGUACAUAGGUUUUUACCACGAUGAUUUGUAAAUUAUGUUUGGAGAAUAUAAAGAAAUUACUUCUU